CAUUCAGUCAGUCCUCAAGGAACAUGGAGAGGGGCCAUGGGAGCAGCCUCUGGGUUGGGGUGGUGGUGACAUCAGACAGGGGUGGAUGGUGAAGUGACCAGAGCAGGGCAUGCCUUGUGCAGACACAGUGGACGCUGAUGUGCGCAUGGAGGUGUCUGUCGACCAGGAGUUCUCCCCGGACCUCAGCGACAACACUUCUAAGGCCUACAGGGAUUUCAGGAACAUCUUCCAGGAUCAGAUGCAGAAGGUUUAUCAGAACAUGCAGGGUUUCAAGGAUGUGGAGAUCCUGUCCCUGAGGAAUGGCAGCAUUGUGGUGGACUAUCUGGUCUUGCUCGAGUUACCCUUCAGCCCCCAGCUGGAGAGUGAGUAUGAGAAGGUGAAGGUGGCCUUGAAGGAGGAGCUCUGGAAGGUCAGCCAGGAUGGAAGCGGUUGCCAGAAUGACCAGGUCCUGUGUUUUAAGCCUGACUCCAUCAAGGUGGACAACAAUACCAGGACGGAGCUGUCUCCGGAAGCCGUCUGUCGCCGGGCCGCUGCCGAGGGCUACGAGGACUUCUACUUCCCCUUGCUGGAGGAGAACCGGCUCCGCUGUGUCACCAAAUGCACGACGGGCGUAGACGACGCCAUCGACUGCCAUCAGGGCCGCUGCUUUCUGGAGCGGAGCGGCCCCACUUGCCGCUGCUUCUCCACCGCUACGCACUGGUUCUCCGGCCCGCGCUGUGAGGUGGGCAUUCCCUGGAGGGUGCUGGUUGGAGGCUUGGCGGGAGCCUCGGUGCUGCUGCUGCUGUUGCUGCUGGUGGCGCUGAGCUUCAUCGUCACGCGCUCCCAGAGGAGGGGCGGCCAAGGCGGAGGCCAGUCCUGGGACAACAGGAAGUGGUUCGAGAUCUGGGAUGAGAGCACCGUGGGGACUUUUUCAAACUUGGGUUUUGAGGAUGACAGAACAGUUAAAGAUGGAAACCUCCAUGUGGCCUUGGAGAAGGUGGACACCAAUGUGAGGGUGCACAUCCACAGACCUGAGAUGGCCUCUUCUUCACUGUGAGCCCCCGACAGUGGGAGGAACCGUCUGAGCUGCCUUUGAAGAGAUGGCCAUGGACUUGUGUGGCUCAGUCUCCUGGUUUCCUUGGGCAAAAAUCCAACUUCCCUCUGACCUCCAGUCUUCUCCCAGCUUGAGUGAAACCCACCUGGAGCCUAGUUCAAAUCCAGGCUCUUUCACUGUGGAAACCUUGGGCAAGUCAGUAACGCCCCCACACCUCAGUUUUGUCACCUGUAAAAUGAGUGUGGCAACCUUGUCCUGACAUCUCGUGUAGCUAUUAUGAAAACCAGAUGUGCUGGGUCAGACCUCUGUCCCAGUGCAACUUCCUGUGUCAGCCCUCGUGCUGAUACACGGCUUCUCUCCCAGUGCCCACGGCCUUCCCCGGGGCUUAGGCCUCAAGCUCUUAUAUUCCUGUUACAUCCUUAGUGCCUCUUUGUCACCCUGAAGCUGUAACCAGCCUGUAGCCCGUCCCAUUCUCCUACCCUUUCCUUAUGUAACCCCCUGCUGCACCCCUUCCCCCACCCCUUAAACUCCUCUGAACCUACCCACCACAUGCGGAAGUUCCCCAGCUGGGGAUCGAACCCGCACCAAAGCUAACACUAGAUCCCCAACCCACUGAGUCACAAUCGAACUCCCUGAACCCACUUCUUUAGUCACUCCUUCUCCACCCCCAGCACCCAGCCCUGUCUCCCCGUUUCAGUACUCUCCCUUCCCCCAUCCUUGUACCCGUAGCCCUAACUCCCCCCAUCUCAGUGCCCCAGUCCUAAAUCCUCCCUUCUCUCCUGCCCCCCAUCCCUAGCUAGGUACAGGUGGCUCCGCAUCUUAGGACUCUCAGCUGGUGCUCCCUAGGCCAGGUCCCCCAUUCCAAGGCUCCAUCCCUUCCUGUGACCCCCCAAGGGCCCUGGAUCCCAGUGGGUGGGAGGUGGGAGGUAGAUUUCCCCCGUCCCUGAGAAUGAGGGGAAGUGGGACCCCGAGGUGGGAAAGCUCCCUCACCCCUCCUACUCAUCCCUCAAGGCUCCCUCCCUCCCUUCCUGCUCCUCCCCCUUCCCCCCCUACCUCUCCUCCCCCUUCCUCUCCCUGGUCUGGCCACCAUCCCUGCAAUAAUCCCUGAAGCCAGAAGCCCCCAGGGGGGCCUCAUUUGGGCACAGGAAGUCUGUGAGUCCCCAGUUCUCCCAAGUGAACAUAAUAGAGCAUUUAUUGUAAAAGCAA